AUGGCGUCCAGAGUCCGUACGACCCUUGCAAAUCUCCAGCCAGCCCGUGGCGCACUCCAUAACCAAAAACGUGUCGGAAGAGGCCAGGGAUCAGGCUAUGGAGGAACUUCCGGUCGCGGUCACAAGGGUCAAAAGGCUCGAACCGGUUCCAGCAUUCGACCAGGCUUCGAGGGUGGCCAAACCCCUCUCACUGAACUCUUCCCCAAGCGAGGUUUCGUCAACCCCAACGCCAAAACUUAUGCACCAGUAAACCUGGACCGGAUACAACACUGGAUCGACAAGGGCCGCCUGGCCUCGACGCCAGAACGACCUAUCACUGCUCGCGAACUAUUGCUCAGCGGGUGCAUCCACAACGUAUGCGACGGAAUCAAAAUCCUCGGAGACGGCGCCUCUGAACUCAAGACACCGAUCUACGUGGUAGCGUCGCGCGCGAGCAAGAGCGCAAUUGAAGCAAUUGAGAAGGCGGGUGGAAAGAUUGUUUGCAAGUUCUACAACGACCUUGCUUUGCGGGACUGCGUCAAGGGCCGCACUGACAGGAUAAGUGCUGCACCAACGCGUCGUGAGGAUAUCAUUUGGUACAGCGCACACGAACACCGUGGUUUCCUCUCGCACGACACCCUCUCCUCUCUCGGAAACCUUCCUUUCGUCGAGGAACGCUGGAAACACCUUGCUGACCAGCUUGUAACCCGCUACAAACGCGAAGAAGCAUUCAAACUGCAAAAGCAGCAGGAAGCCGCUGCCGCUAAGCACUAG